UUGUACUCAGUGUUUGAUUAUUGACACGCCCUGUAUUUGAUGUUGUCCUGCCACCACGGUUACCAUGGUAAUAGCUGAUCACACGACAGGUUGGCUAACUACUAGCUAGCUAGCCAUCAUGGGCGUUGACAAUUUCAAGAUGGCACUUUGAUGAUGGGCUGAAGGAUACAACUGCUUACAAACUGACCAAAUGAGAUAACAGCACAGCAGCAAUGUCUUCCUUAGAAAAGGAAAUUACUGACCUUCAUUUAAGCCUUGAUUGUGGUGAUAAUGCUGUGAAAACACAUACCCCGCACAUUCUACCAGAGUGUGUUGGACCUAUACAGAUCACUGAGUAUGUCACAUCUGACACCCAAUAUUUCAGCAGAAGAAACUUCAAAUAUGUUGUGGAUUGCAUUUUGAAGAACACUACUUUAAAGAAUUUGUAUCUUGAAGGUAAUGAAAUAUCCAGGCUUCCGGAUACGCUGUUCACCAGUUUGUCAAACUUGGUGUGGUUAGAUCUCAGAAAUAACCAAAUCACAGCCCUUCCUGCGAAAAUUGGUCUACACAGAUGUCUGAAAACGUUGCUGCUAGAAGGGAAUCCUAUCACAGAGCUUCCACUGGAAUUGGGUAACGUGAUUACUCUCAAGGCCCUGAGUUUGAGGCAUUGCCCCAUCACGUUUCCACCUCAAGAGGUUGUGGGGCAGGGCCUCCAAUGCAUCCUACAGUACCUACGGAGUGCCAUGGCCGAACGACCGGUUAGUGUGCGGAACUCUCUUCCAGACAUGCCCCAAGUGGAGAAGCUACAGUUGACAGAGCUUGUAAAGUCCAGUUUGGACCUUUGUGAAGAGGUGGUGGAUGAAGAUGAACUGCAGAGGUUCAGAGAGCUGAGGCAGAAGAUGAGCCAAAUGGACAGAGCUGAGUUGGGCUAUGCCCUCCCUAUUUCACGCCUCCCUAGAGCAGCAGAGGGUGAUAGAGGCCACAAGACAUACCCUCUGCCCGUCAUUAAAAGAAAGAAAGAGAUUACCAGGGGAAAUAUAUUUCCCGAGCUCCCUCCCUUUGACAUGCAGUACUGGAAGAGGUCAGAGGAGAGAAGACUGGCUGCAAUGAAAGAGCUUAAAGAAAAACAAGCCAUUCUUGAACAAAGGAGGAAUUUCAGAAAGCAGGGGUGUAUUGUGUCAAAUUGGCAUUUGAUGAAGUCCCAGAAAGGGAGGGAUCAAUAUUAUGUGUCUGCAAAGGCCAAUGCAAAUAAGGGAGACCAAGAGCUCCUCAAGGAAUGGCGUACUCAUGCUAGGGUCAUGCAGGAGAGGAAAAUCUUAGAACACAAGCAGGAAAGGCGUGAGAGACAUAGAAGAGAAGAGGUACCGAUAAAUGCUCCAUAUGCCACAGAGUCUCUGUGUAGUGUUGUUGAAAGUGGUGAGGUCAAGACCCACAACCCCCCACCAAAGAGGAUCCAGAGACAGAGAUCGUUCCUGUCCCAGAAGGAACACGAGGAAGCCAGGGCAGCCCGCGACCGGGAGUUAGAGCAGCGGAUCAGGAGCCAUGUUCAGAUGAUCCAGGAGAGGCGCAGGAGGCCCAGUGGCACUGCUCAAGAGGAGACAGAAGCUGCAAGGCAGGACAUGGAGGAAGUGUUUCUUUCUUUGUGGUUUUCUUCCAUUGCUUCUGUUUCAGGCCAAGAGAUUGCAGUCAGAACUUGCUGAGAGGAAACAGGAGAGCGACAUCGAGUAUCGAUUCAUCGCAUUUACUGGGGAGAACUCACCAAGAUGCUAUGACAAGUGAAAGUAUUUGUGUGUAGACCUACUGCCAUUUAGAAUUGUUGCCGUAUUAAAUGAAUUGACAUUGUAUGCAAAGAAGUCAUACAGGACAGGGUAGUAUGGAAUUAUAGCACUCUACAAACAGUUUACAAUGGCAUCCGAUACCCAUUCAUCAAUAAACAUUUCAGCCUGUUACACACACAUCAUUAGUUAAGUGUAAAGUGCUUGUGUUCCAAGAUAAACACACCCUCAUUCAUCAAGUCAAUCAGUGCUAAAUAGCAGCCUAAUAGGUCACUGUAUUUCAGGUCCUUGCAACUGUACAGCAGCUAUACAGGGAUUGAUCAUGUAUACUUAUUUGACUGUAUGUGUGCCUAUAGCCUAAAUUCAGUGCUUGACUUUGACUUCAAUAGGUUCCGGUACUCCUUUUGGGUGCUGGAACUGUUUAUACUGUUUAUAUUAAGGUGCAGAAGCUCUAUAAGAGUAUUCUAUAAGAGGAACAGGAGCUCAAGCAGUAGAGCUCCUGCCCAAAUUACUUAUUGAUGCAGUUGGCUUGGAUACAGACAGUAAAUAUGGGGGUGAUUCAUGUAAACCAGGGCAGUUUGAAGGUAGGAAUAUAUGUAAUUUGGAAUGGCACGAUAAAAAAAUGGCCUGACGAUAACAUUAAAAUGGAAGGGGGAAAUGUAUCGGGGGGCGGCUGGUAGCUUAGUGGUUAGAGUGCUGGGCCAUUUGCCGGUGUUUGCUCGAUCGAAUCCCUGAGCUGAGAAGGUAAACAUCUUUCGGUCUGUGCCUGAACAAGGCAGGUAACCCACUGUUCCUAGGAUGUCAGUGUAAAUAAAAUAAAAAUUGUUCUUAACUGACUUGCCUAGUUAAAUUACAUUUUAAAAAUGUAUUAGCUAGAUAAUAACUAAUAGUGAUGAAAUAGCUAUUGUUCUGAAAUGGUGGCUACAUGAGCCAACAAUAAACGGAAAGCCAAACGGUAUAAUUUUAA